CCCCCAAAAUUAUAUUUUUUUGUAUCGCUCUUGUAUUUCAUCAUAAUAAUAACGAUGUCUUCUAUCCACCAACCAGGCGCUCUUGUCGCUUGCUCCGAGAUAAUGAUGUUGUAUAAACUAUCUAUUUUAGACUGUGACCGGUUGACACACUUACUUUCUCCUUAUUUUCUGCUGUUUUUCUUGCUUUAUUGUGGAUAUAUUGUGAAAUUCUAGCGAUGAGGGACCAAUAAAUGUAAGUUGUGAACACUUUCUAUCAUUACCUGGAUAGUGAAUGGUGACAGAUGUCAUACUUUUACGAUUAACUCUGGAGUUAUUACACGGUCUCUGAAAGAGAAAAGUUCAGCCUGGUCCCAUUCCAUCAUAAUUUUGCUGUGUCUACUACUACCUCACCUUCACCAACUAUACCCAUUUGCUCUUCAUCCUGAUAAUCUCUGGUAUUUGCCUUGAUUGAACUCCCCAUAAUUGACUCUUCUUUGGAUCUACAGUAUUAUUAGUGGAUUAAACCCCUAACAAUGGCAGCUACACGCACGACAAAGAACCUCGUUAAGGAGGUUCUGAAGGAUGAAGAUGUGCUUGCUCACAUCAAAGGAGCUAUUUGGGAAGCUUUAGAUACCAAGUUCGAUGAACUCAUCAAACGUCUGGAUAUACAGGAUGGAGCAGUAUUGGAUCUUCAUAAUAGGGUGAAAAGCAUUGAAAGUAGUCUAACAAACAUGCAAAAGAAACAACAGAAGUGCAAGGAGAGGAAUAGAUGGUUACAGAAACAGCUUAACGACCAGGAGCAAUACUCUAGAAGAAACUGCAUUCGUCUGUUCGGAGCACCUGAAAAAGAGAAUGAGAACACCAGUCAGAGAGUAUGUGAAAUAGCCCAGCAACAACUUGGUGUGGAUCUGCUUCUGCAAGACAUCGAUAGGAGCCAUCGUGGGCCACGUCGUACUGAACCUACACCUAAUGAAAAGGGAGAAAUUAGACCAAGAGCCAUCAUCAUUAAACUUACAUCUUAUCAGCACCGGCAAAAGCUCUUAAUAAACAGAAGAAAAUUGAAGAACACUAAAAUGAGUCUGCAUAAGGAUUUGACAAAGGCAAAUCGCUCACUUCUAUGGGAGGCCACUAAUGCCAGUAAACUACAGGGGUCGAAUGUCCUUUCAGCAUGGUCUGCCAAUGGAAGGAUCAUCGUGUCAGUGAAAACUACCAAUGGGUCUAUGAAAAGACAAAUAAACAGCAAAGAAGACCUCCCCCUCGCCAUUGGUUGAAUUGUUUUAAAUAUUUGGCCUUAAAACUCAUUUGUUCAAAGCAGCUUUUCAGUAGAUUUAGUUUUAUUUUCACAUUGUCGUUGUUCAUUUUUGUGUGUAUUUUCUUGUGUACUUAUAUCUUUUCUUCUCCAUGCGCCUCGAACACAUUAUUCAUGUGGAGUUGGCGCAGUACAAAUAUUCUGUAUUAUUAUUAU